AUGGAAGAAGCAGAUGCCUUUGAAAACGCGUUUGUUUGGACUCCAGAGAAAUGUGCGCUUCUCAUCCGAGCCAGAGUAUCGCAUAAGAAAAAGACUUGGACUCAAAUUGCCGAGGAACAUUUUCCAGGUACGACUGCGGAUAUACUACGAAAGCAGUGGGUUAAGAUGAAAAUUGAGAACCCUACUCUGCGUGACAAGAAGAGACAUCGAGGCGGUAAGGCCGGUCAAUUUAUUUGGACUCCAGAGAAACAUGCGCUUCUCAUCCGAGCCAGAUUAUCGCAGGAGAAAAAGACUUGGCAUCAAAUUGCCAAGGAAAAUUUCCCAGGCUUAACUGCCCACGCCCUAGCAGGCCAGUGGUAUAUUAUGAAAAAAGUACACCCUGAUCUGCGUCACAGGAAGAGACACCGAGGUAGUAAGGCCUAUGAACAGAAUUGGAACCCAGACAAUUGUACGCUUCUUAUUCGAGCCAGAUUAUCGCAGGAGAAAAAGGCUUGGCCUCAAAUUGCAGAGGAAAUUUUCCAGGCAAGAGUGCCGGAUCUAUAAAACAUCAGUGGUAUAAGAUGGAAAAGGAACACCCUAAUCUGCUUAACCUCAC